UUAUGGCAGGUCUUAGGUUACCCGCUUCUAUGAUUACGUACGCCAAUUCGAUCUACUUGUCUGCAAAUAAGAUUCUAUCCAUGGAUCAAAGUAACACCACUACAAAACACCGUACGACUGGGUCACCGGCUCUAGCGUAUAAAUAUACCUAGGUAUUUACAUACGUGCGGGUGAGACGAGAAAUUUUCAACUGCAGUUCAAUGUUUAAUCUACCUAGCAUUAAGGUAUCGUCUCUGGGGGGUUCCAUAUUUCAUAUUCCCCUCAUUGUCAUAUCUCAAAAGCAUUGAAGAUGAUAUUAUUUCCUUGAACAUGUCGGUAGAAAUUCUUCGUCGCGAAGACGUGAUUGAAAUUAUCAAAAAUGAUCAAUCCGCGAAAUCGUAUGUUUGGAAGAGGUUCUUCGAUGUCUUUGGCACGACGGGCUGCCUUCUAGACUGUGAAGGAAGAAAAGAUACUAAAAGACAGUUUCGCAAAACGCCCAAGACCAAGGCUGAUGAGGUUGCAGGCCAAUGGUUCAGUAUAGGUGAAAUUGCAGAAUCUGCUACACGUGGAUGCGAAUCAUGCAAGGUUCUGCGGCGAAUUAUUACGAAUUUAUUCCCGACGGAUAAUAGUGAUUUUUCUGGACUAUAUGAGUACUCCAUCUCGAAAGUUUUUGAGGUCAAACGGCGAGCCCAAGAUAGGGGAUGUUUGGAGGAGACUAUCCAGCUGUUCCAACUUCCGACGUAAAGCUACAAUUUAUUACUCAAUCAAAUAUUCUCUUCGGUAGAGACACUUCGUUUACGCGACUACACCGAUGGAUAGAUGAAUGUACCAGCACUCAUCAGAGCUGUUCGAUGCAUACCUCCUCGGCUGAUAGAGGAAGUAUCGUCCGUCCUACCCGCCUACUCGAUCUAGACCCCAUUCAGCAAGGCAGUGAAUCCGGCAUUAGACUAAUAGAGACGAGGCCAGACCGUAUGUAUCAGUAUGCCUGCCUUAGUCAUCGCUGGGAUGAGACUAUCCAGUGUCACCAAGCAACGAAGCAUAACCUACCUAGGCUGCUUAACUUCUUCCCUAUAAAACAGCUCCCUCAAAACUUCCGAGAUGCAAUAUCUAUUGCACGUGAACUCGAUAUACGGUAUCUAUGGAUAGAUUCACUUUGCAUUAUACAAGAAGGUGAUGGCGGGGUGGAUUUGAUUCAAGAAUUGGGGAAGAUGGGCUUGAUAUACUGGAAUGCCUGGCUCACCAUCGCUGCAAUAUCAUCGCCUAAUUCGUCAGAUGGCUGUUUCAUCAAGGAUAAAUGGCCAGAUUUAUGUUUUUCAGUCUCCAACACCCUCAACGAAUCCUAUUUCAUCGGAGCCCGCGUUCUUGACAAGGAAGGGAAGCCUCAAACGGCUCUUGAUAUCGAACAAAAGUACCCACUGGCAACUCGCGGCUGGGCAUUUCAAGAGUAUUGGUUAUCUCCACGCCUCCUCCAAUGCAACUACGGAGAAUUCACAUUCAGGUGUCUUGAGUCUUCGCACUGCGAAUGCAACUCGAGUAUGGCGCCACAUCCGGAACAACCGAUCAACUGGCUUGGGAAGCAGGAGAGGUUAUCUUGGGACCUGCAAGAGAUCAGAAAACACGACGCUUGGUCGAGUAUUGUUUGUACAUAUAGGAGCCUAAAUCUAACAUAUCCCAAUGACGUACUGCCUGCCAUUGCAGGAUAUGCGCAAAUAUUGGCACCUCGUCUUAAAUUCAACUAUGCCGCGGGUCUAUGGGAGGAGAGAGUAGCGACUGAAUUGCUGUGGUUUAUCGAUUGUCCCUCAAAUCAACUCAAGCCACGGCCAAGAGACUCGACAGCCCCAUCAUGGUCUUGGGCGUCGGUGGCUAUGGGGCAGGACACUCGCUGCGCUUACAACGACGCUCAAAGGAUCACAAAGACACUCCUCAUCGAUGGUGCUAUUCAAGAGAUUCAUUGCGAGCCAGAGUCAUCGGACAAUCCAUUCGACAAGCUGAAAUACGGAUACUUAAAGUUCAAUACGACAUUAUAUAUGUGGUACAUUCGUUGGUUAUGUCUGGAGGCCAAGCGUAGUGGUGGAUAUAAGAACCCUUUUAAUCGUUUUGCGUGGGAUUUUCAUUUCAAGAAACCGACCAACAUAAAGAUCUGCGCUGCGGAUUUGGAAGCUCUCGAAAUCGAAGAUACAUUCUGCCAGGUGUAUUUCGAUGCGCGGGUGGGAAAAGAAGAGCUAAAGAAUUACGAUAUCGUUGGUCAAUGCACAUCACCUGGGAGGAACCGUUGCCAAUUCGCUCAGAUCCAUUUACUGCACGCGUUACAUGAUAGGUAUCAAGAAAAGACUAUAAACAUAUUCUUGAUGCUAAAGCGGAUUCCACCAAUCCACGGGAAACCCAACUGUUACCAACGUGUCGGCUUAUUGAAGACGGUUCAUAUGAGCGCCAACUCGCCGCCCUGGGAAGAGAUGAUUAGCGGUACGAUCACACCCUGUCAAGAGGAGUUCUGGCUGUUUUGAAUCAGGAAGCAUUCCCUUUAUCCUCGUAAACGUACGUGAUAAUGAAUAUUUUCAUUUAACUGUUUACUAAUCACUUGGUCCGAACAUCACGUUCAUGCUUACGUAAUAUUUCUACAUAGAUUAGACGUCGUAUAAGUUAUAUAAAGUACCC